CUCUAAACCACGUCCUAGCCGACGGCACCGCCUUUUGGAAUUUCUUCCAUUCAUGGUCGGAAAUAUCCCGCGGUUACCAACAAAUCUCCCAAAAACCAGUUCUAGAACGUUGGUUUCCAGACGACACAAAUCCCCCAAUAUAUCUCCCUCUAACCUUCAAAGAAAAAACCCUACCUCUCGGCGAUCUCACGCCGUCUCCCUUCCCAGAGCAGAUGUUCCGCUUGGCCAAAGAAAACAUCACCAAACUAAAAGAAAAAGCGAACGCAGAAACGGGAGAGAAGGGAUCUAUUUCCUCCCUGCAGGCAUACAUGGCGCACAUAUGGGUAUGCGUGACCCGAGCGCGAAGUCUCGAUGGUGAUGCAGACGUUCAAAUGUCGAUCACCAUCGGCACCCGAGCUCGGGCGCCUCUCCCAGAAGGGUACUGGGGGAACGCGCUUUACGUGAAGAUGGUGACGGCUAAAGCAGGGGAACUGUUGGCUAGAGGAUUGGGUUGGGCCGCUUGGAAGAUCAAAGAAACGGUUCAGAACGAGAGUAACGAGGAGGUGAUGAAGCAGUACCUGAGCUGGUGGAAAUCUCCGGUGUUUCUGGGGGAGAAGAAGCUGUUCAAGGCGAAGAACACGCUUGUCAUCGGCAGCUCUCCGCGGCACGACAUAUAUAGCACGGAUUUCGGGUGGGGAAAGGCGGUGGCAGUGAGGAGCGGCGAGGCCAUUAAAUCGGAUGGGAAGGUCACUCUUUUUGAAGGAGGGGAGGAGGGGAGUGUGGACAUAGAGCUAUGCAUUCAUCCCCACACUUUGCUUGGUCUCACUAAUGAUCCUGAGUUCAUGGAAUAUGUCACCCUUCCCCAUUCUCACUAAUGAAAAUGGUGAAGAGUUUGGCCUAAUAUGAGGAGUUAGAUGUGAAAUUACUUACUCCUGUCUCACUACUCGUUUGAGUUUUAAGUUCUUCAAAGGUUUGUUGAGUUUUUAAUGUUGAGUUUAUCGAUCCUGUUUCAAGAAUAAUCUUACUCCUUCCAAAAAUUAUAAACUCUUUUACCUUCACAAGGUUAAACUUUAUUCAUUUUCGUUAGUAGAUGAUUUUAAUAAUUGUAACACCCCUAU